AUGCCAUCCUCAGCCGCUCCGCCUGUCCUGUACACGUUCACUGACCCCUCUCAACUGCAAUCCUCCCUCGCCAACUUCAUCCUGAAGGCACAGACCGACGCCAUUGCCAAAAGGGGUCAAUUCACUAUCGCGCUCUCUGGAGGCUCCUUGCCUAACAAUCUCAAACCUUUAACUUCGCUGGAAGGAAUCGAAUGGAGCAAAUGGCAGGUAUUCUUUGCGGAUGAACGUAUCGUUCCCUUGGAUCAUCCCGAUUCAAAUUACCUGGCUUGUUCCAAGGCAUUCCUCGAAGGGGUCCCUAUCAAGAGGGAACAAAUCCACACCAUCAACACCGAACUCUUCCUUGACUCGACUCGUACGGAUCCUACUGCGGAACCCAGUGACAAGGAUAAGAGCGAGAAUGAGGCUGUGGACAUUGCAGACGAUUACGAAAAGCAGUUAGUGGCGACUUUUGCGGGUGCCAACACGGCUCGAUAUCCGACGUUUGACCUCAUUUUACUGGGUAUGGGACCUGAUGGACAUACGUGCUCCCUUUUCCCCAAUCACGAGGUCUUGUCAGAGGGUGACAGAUGGGUGGCAGAGGUCUUGGACUCACCCAAGCCUCCCAGUAGGCGCAUCACCUUUACCUAUCCCGUCUUGAACCAUGCCCAACGUUGCGCCUUUGUGGCCACGGGAGAAGGCAAGCAGGACAUGCUGUCUCAGAUCCUGGAUACCCCUGAGGAGGGCCUUCCUUGCUCGAGAGUUAGACCGGCAUCUCCCGGUCUAGUCUUCUGGUUCGUUGAUCAAGCAGCUGCUGCCAAAGUCAAAUUCCCCAACACAGAGUACAAAUGGAUAGAAGAAGAUGUCAUUGCGGAUGUGGAUGAUCCCGUUGCGGAAGAGAGGAAGAAGCUCAAGGAGGAGAUGGACGCUGCUGUCAAAGCUGCUAUCUGA